CGCCGAAGAGCGAGGAACGGCUGCGAACCGUGUGGUUGUACCGCGCAACGCCAGUGUCACACUAAAAUGUGACUCGACGCAACGAGCACAGAACCGAAAUUCCAUUAGUUUAGGGAAAAGCCGAAGUAUUUGAAAAAAAAAAGGAAAACAAAGAAAAUAUAGAAAAAAUAAAUAAACCGAAAAAGUGUGCACCUUGGAUUAUAUGCAUCCGUUACACCGCUGACCGAUCGCUAACACUAGUCGGAGAUAUAAUACAUAUCAUUUUAUCCUAGUUGAAAAAGACUCUCGCGUAGUCGUUGAGGGGGGUGAAAGAAAAAAAAAGGAGCAAGCAUAAAGAAACUAUAUAGAUAAGGAAAAAUACAAAUAAAAAAAAAAAUAAAUAAAAAAUAUAUAUACAUAUAUGUUAUGGUUAAAAAGUUAAUAAUUUUAAUUAUAUAAAAAACAAAAAAAAAAAAUAAAAAAUACAAUUCUAUGUACACGCAUAUCUACGAUACGAUAUUAAAUUAUAAAUUCAUGUUGUAAGAAAUAUACCGCGUUAACGUUAAACGGGGAGGGGGAAAAAAAAAAAAUUAUAUUCGUUGAACGUAGCAGUUGGCUAAGUUAUAAUUACAGUGUGGUGAUUUUGGAAAUAAAAUUGGUUUUCUAUUUGUUUUACUUGUUUCUUUUGACGCAAUAAAUAAAGGAUUGAUAAAUCUGUGAUUUGUGUCGCGAAGAUAAUAUUCUCGGGAGACUGGUGCAGGCAACGGAAACAUGAAGCUGGAAAUGAUGAACAGGGAGCAGGGCCUGCAACUCUUCGGGAAACUAAUACGGACAAAGAACAUAGAAGGUCUCCAGGGUGACCAUGGAAAACCGGGACCCGAACCGGCCGAACCACCCGAUUCAAAACAGAAAUUACAGAAGUGCCUCACCACCCUGGACCUCACCUCGCUCGGCGUUGGAUCCUGCGUCGGCACAGGGAUGUACCUAGUGGCAGGAAUGGUGGCGCGCAGCGUCGCAGGACCCGGCGUCGUAAUCUCUUUCAUAAUCGCCGCCAUUGCCUCGAUAUUUUCCGGCGCGUGUUACGCCGAGUUCGGAGUGAGGGUGCCUCACACCUCGGGGAGCGCCUACGUCUACAGCUACGUCACCGUUGGGGAACUGAUCGCCUUUAUAAUCGGCUGGAACAUGAUCCUCGAGUACCUGAUCGGCACCAGCGCCUGUGCUUGCGCCCUCAGCGCCUGCCUCGACGCCCUUGCAAAUGGCGCCGUUUCCGGGGCGAUCGCCGGCAGCGUCGGCACCAUGUUCGGACACCCACCGGAUUUCCUCGCCUUUGUCAUCACCGUCCUGAUGAUGAUACUCCUCGCUGCUGGCGUCAAGAAGUCCCUCGUAUUCAACAACGUCUUGAACGCCGUUAAUCUCGCUGUCUGGGUAUUCGUCAUGGCCGCCGGAAUGUUCUACGUUGAUACGAGUAACUGGUCCGAGCACAAGGGUUUCCUUCCAUACGGUUGGAGCGGGGUUUUUACUGGCGCCGCUACGUGUUUCUACGCGUUUAUAGGAUUCGACAUCAUAGCAACGACGGGAGAAGAGGCGACGAAUCCAAAGAGAAGCAUACCUCUCGCCAUCGUCUCGUCACUGGUCAUUAUCCUCAUCGCGUACGUGACCAGCAGCAUGGUUCUCACGUUGAUUGUUCCGUACGAUCAGGUAGACCAGGACUCUGCAUUAGUGGAGAUGUUCGGUGAGGUGGGCGCCUACAAGUGCAAGUACAUCGUGGCCGUCGGUGCAUUGGCAGGACUGACGGUCUCAAUGUUCGGCAGCAUGUUUCCCAUGCCAAGGAUCGUCUACUCGAUGGCCCAGGACGGUCUGAUAUUCCGGACACUGAGUCAAGUUUGGCCUACGACUGGGACUCCGGCCUUGGCCACCUUCGUGUCCGGUAUCUGCGCAGCUUUCGCGGCGUUGUUGAUACAGCUCGAGGUCCUCGUCGAGAUGAUGUCGAUAGGCACCCUUCUCGCCUACACGCUGGUAUCGACCUGCGUCCUGAUCCUGAGGUACCAGCCGCACUCCACGAACCUCGUCGAGCUGCUUCCCCAGAGUCUUCGAACGCCUUGCAGAUCGCCGACGAAGGAAGCCCAGUCCAAUGGCCAGGUGGCCUAUGGCAAGGACCUCAGGCCUGAUCAGCUGACGACGGCGCUGAACCCGAUUUCCGGUGCACCGGCGGAAGCCGCCCCCGGGAACAACCAGCGUGUUAUGGUACGGAGGAUCACGAGGAGGUGCAACAGCUCAUCCCCAGACUCCGACGACACUUACGGCGGCGAGGAGGACGACGUAGGGCUGGGAAAGGACGAUCAGUAUCUCGUCAGCGAUCGCACGGAAAACAAAUUCUACGGCAGUGUUCACGCCGCUGCUGCCGGCUCCAGUUGCGGAAGCAGUCAUCAGUACCCCGGGAACACGCCGAUAAUCGGACCACCCUUGAGCUACCUUCAGCGUCGUCUCCAGGCAGCGCAGUACCUCUGUCCAGCGAUAUUCCCUUGGGUUGACAGGGGGCCAGCGACUGAGGCCUCCGGUCGUUACGUUAUGAAGAUGGUCGGCGUGCUGUAUAUAUUAAUUCUGAUAUUCGACUUGAUCAUCGUCUGCGGAAUGGGUAAUAUGGGGACCUUCACGACGCUGUUGACCUUCAUUUUCCUAUUUGCAAUAAUCGGAGUCCUACUGGCCAUCAGCAGAAAACCCCAAAACAGGAAUAGCCUGAUGUUUAUGACUCCGGGACUUCCGUUUGUGCCGGCGAUCGCGGUGACGGUGAACAUGUACCUAAUAUUCAAGCUGAGCAUCCUGACACUGGUCAGAUUCACGAUUUGGAUGAUAAUCGGUUUCGCAAUGUACUUUUACUACGGUAUAAAGCACAGCACCCUCGAGGAGCAGGACUGCGGUGAACACGCGGCGGAGAGCGGAGAUUCCGUCGGCGGAAACAUAGAGCUGAAGGUGACCGAGCAACAAAAAGCUUCGAGCUUUACGUUCAACAGCAGCCAGGGAACGGAGCGUGGAUUUUACGAGGGCCAGCAGCUCGACGCUUUCGGUCAGCCGGUAUUCGGCAGCACGAAUUUCGGGGGGACACCGAGUCACGUUGCGAAAACGAAUCCGCAAGGAAACGCGGGAGAGGCGAACGUGCUUUUCGUAUCGGAGCAGGCUUUCCCGACUUGGGACGACUAGAGAGCCGGCGUCCGUCUAUUUCACGUAGAAUACCGUUGAGAACGAAGGAAACAUGAAAAAUGAUACGCCGCAGUAUGAAAUAAUAAUAUUACACUGCUAGAGGUAUUGCGGGAUUAUUAAUAUUAUUGUUCAUAUUAUUACACAAUAUCCCAUUGGCUGAUUCUUUCGGCUAAAUUGUUGGUACAUACUCGCCCGACAUAAUCGGGAUAAACCGUGAAUCAUAUUCGCGUCGGUGCGAAAAGAAACUAUGACAAGCGUUGUGAGAAUCGAUUUAUUUUCUGCUUCUUUAUUGCCGCAAAAAAGGUUCAUAUACACACAGCCGGCGUAUUCGUUCGUAUAUAAUUUAUUUACGUUAGCGUUACAAUUGUCAAGUAUUUAUACACACACACGGGCCGUUUGUAUAGACCGAUUUUAAUUGCUCAAAUGUACAAUCUUGCGAGUAUUUUUUUUUUGCAAUUUUAUAAUAUUACAUCAAAGGGUUACGACGAUUCUCCAAAAGAUGUGUAAUUUGUUGAUUGUACUGUAAAAGUCUGUCGGGACAGAUGAUAGCGUAAAUAAUUGCGGCAAUACAUACAUUAAUACAUACAUAAUAUUAUCACUAUUGAAUUCUCAUCGUCAUUAUGAAUGUUACUGUUAUACUAUUAUCAUCAUUAUCAUUAUUAUUAUUAUUAUUAAUAUUAUUAUUAUUAUUACCAAGGUGAACCGGAGUUAGUGUAACCGAAAUUUUGUUAGCUUGUUUUUUCGAUGUAAAAUUCAAUCGAAUCGUACGUUGUACGAAAUACAAAUUUUACUUCGGCAUACUUAUUAAAAGUAAACAGUUAUGUAAUUUUCUAAUUGCGAUUGGAAAAUUCUAGGUCGCACUUUCCCCGAGUCCCCUGAUCCAAUUACUUCGAUAUAUAAAUAUGUAUAUUAGGAUGGUUCAAGAAAAUCAGUUGAUUCUUUUUUCAAUUUCACACCUUGAAUAGCUGAAGGAAUAGGAAAUAAGAUGCCUGUUAAAAUUUAAACCCUUAAUAUUGAUAUUUAGUGCACGCCAUUUUUCAUUUUCCAUUUGAUUAACAGGCGAAAAUAAUUUUACUUUCAUUCCGAAUUUUGUAGCUCAGUAACGAAGAAAUGUACAUAAAUAUCCGAUAAUGAUUUUUCUAAGGAAUUGAAUGUCCUGGAGAAAGGUCUGUUAUAAUUUUUCGAUAACUCAAAUCUUUCAAAAGUUAUUCAAGAUUAAAAUCGAAAUCACGUGAAAAUUCACUUUUUUCGAGAUUAACAACGGAAAUACUAGACUUAUCACAGAAUAUUGUGGUUUUUCUUUGCAAAGUAUUAAAACCGCUGUAAAAUCAUGUUAUUCGAUUAAUUUUCAAGGUAGGCAAAUUUCUUUUCCAAUUAUUGCAAGUAAUAAUACGUAUUAUAUGUAAUUCUACUUUAAAAGUACCGUUUUUUAGCAAAAAAUAAAUUUCCUCGAAUUAAAAUAUAAUUUAAUGACAUGAUUUUAUAGCGUUUGUAAUGCUUUGCACAGAAAAAUCACAAUAUUCUGUGAUAAGUCUAGUAUUUUCGUUGUUGAUCUCGAGAGAAAGUUAAUUUUCACAUGAUUUUAACUUUAACCGAAUAACUUUGAAGAGAGUUGAAUUAUCGAAAAAUUAUAACAGACCUUUUUUCUACAACAUUCAGUUUUCUACAAAAGAAAUGCAGCGAACAUUUAUGUACAUUGCCUCGUUACUGAGCUACAAAAUUCAGAAUGAAAGUGAAAUUAUUUUCGCGUGUUAAUGAAAUGGAAAAUGAAAAAUGGCGUUCUGGAACCACUGAAUAGUAAAAUUAAGGGCUUAAUUUUUAACAGGCAUCUUAAAUCUUUCCUUUUCCUACAACUUUUAAUGCUGUGACGUUGAAAAAAAAAAUUUGUCGACUUUUUUGAACCACCCUCAUAUAUAUAUAUACAUGGGGCCUUCCAUGAGAUCUCGAUCAAGAUUCUGCGUUGAAGACUCAGAUCUCUCUGAAUAGAUAUUUUUCGGCCCAUAUCAAAAUGAGCUUUUAUUUUCUUUCUUAUGUCAAAAAUGCAAUCCAAUAAUAAUAAUUUUUGUUUCUUUCAUUUUUCUUAUUCAUCUUUUGAAGUUAUGAAAUCUCCAUCUUCUAAUAGGUUUACAAAAAUGUUGUUAUAAUUUAUGAGAUUUUUCUGAAUUUUAUCAAAUUCCAGAAAGCAAGUGUUUUAUUUUAAAGUUUUCAAAUCGUACUUCAGAUACGCUGGGUCGAAACAUUGUGAAAAAAAUUGCGAUUACGUUUUUCGUCGUACAGUUUCCCAUAAAAAAUUAUAAAGCUAAUCUGAUAUAUCGACGUAGAAUCUCGAUCGAGAUGUCAUGGAAUGCGUCAUAUAUAUGAAUAUGAUAUUGACAUACUGUUAUUAUGAAAUACAAUUGUGAUUACGAUCGAUGAUAUUAUCAUCGUGUACAACUGUUGGUGAUGAAAAGAGAGACGAAAAAGAAAAGCAAAACAGCUAUAAGCGCGCGAGUUUAGAACUAACGAAUUCAUUGCUUAUAUACAUAUAUAUAUAUACAUAUAUCAUGAAACAUAUUACAUAGAAAGCAAGGAAAAGGAAAAAAUUGCCUGGACGCGUGAUGUGACAAACAAUGAAAACAAAAAAAAAAAAAAAACAACAAGGAUAGAAUUAAAUUCAGUAGACGGAUUAAACGAGAAUAUAAAAAAAAGAAAAUAAUGUGAAAGCACGCGCUGUUGAUAUAGGUCAUGUUAUUAUAAUUAUUAACUUGUAGUACACGAAGAAAAAAAGAAAUGAUGAAACGCCCACUAUUUUGUAUUGUAGGACAUGAGAGAGAAAAAAAAAAAAAAAAAAAAAAACUUCAAGUUUUCCGUUAUACCUGUAAUACGCAAGAUCAUCUUAUUAUACCUAACUCAUAAUUACGCAUGUAAUUUCAUUAAGUUCACUGUCUAGUUUCAAACAGUCAAGAUUGUAAGUAUAUACGAUAUGCAUUAUACCUAUAAUUAUAGGAGAGCCACUUAAUAUCGCCUAAAUCUAGUCUUUCCCUAAUCUUACAACAUUGUUAUACAAUCCUAAAGCUUAAACCUUUAUGUAACAUCGUCUAUACGUCUCACCUCGAAACAAACUUAUACCUAUAUAUAUAUACUUACCUAUACAACAUACAUACCUACCUACACAAUAAACAAUAUAAUGAGGUUGAAAUGCUGUAAAAAUGAUUUAUUAAACCAAAAUUUCGGUAGAUACGUCAGUUACACAAUUUACGGCUGUACGCAUUUCUUGAAAAAUUUCUUCUACUCAAUUUGCUAUUAUAUAUAUAUAUAUAUAUAUAUAUGAUAUGUAUGUUAGCCGGAAGAAACUUGUUGAAACCUUUUCCGACUAACUUUGUGAAACGUGUUGACGAAGAUGAAAUUAAACGAUAAUAAUAAAUCGAAAAGAAAAAUACGGUUAUAUACUCUUCCAUUACAUCCACGUUUAUAUAAAAUGUACGUUUAAUUAUUGAAGAAAGAGAAAAGCUACGUUUUCAUCAAUAUUACACCCACACCCUGCAAUGUGUAAAAAAUUUAAAGAAAAAAUUACGGUAUCCGAUUCGUUCGAAUCAUCUUCGGAUUAUUUAGAUUUCUCCCCCACCAAAUAUACACGAAAAUUAUUAACCUUUCCCUCUAUCCGUAUACAUACCUAUACAUAUACACAGUUAAUUAAUGCAUUUCGAUCUUCUUUCUUUUUUUCCGCUUUGCGGUUGAAAGACAGGUAUCGGCGCUCGAAAAACAAAUAUAUCCUCGCAUGCCACCCUUGUCAAACCUGCAACACCUCGAACACCGCGGAGGAUCGAUUACACGACACUUCGUUCAUUACACCCGAUCGCGUAAGUAUAAUCGUAAAAUGAAACGAUCGUGAACGUAAAGCGAGAAAGUACGCAAACAGAUGGCUUGUAAAUGUGACGACUCGCUGAAAUUGAACAACAGCCGUCGCACACCUAAUUAGAAAAUUCGCAGCGAAUUAGUGUGUUUAAUUAAUUCGAAGUAAUUACGCUUCUUCGAUCCUAUAUCAUACCUGGUACUAAACAAUGCAAUAUAUACAUAAUAUGAAAAGCAUACAUAACAGCGUAGAUUACGUAAGAUGUAGCUUAGAUGUUACGUAUAUUAUGGAGCGAAAGCGGCGGAUUGAAUGAGAAAUUAUGGGCUCAAAGAGACGACCGUUGGAAUUUUUUUUAAUCGGAUUAAUAAUUUUAAUAAUAUUAGGUUUAAGCUGUUGUUUAGUAGACGGUAGAUUCGCUAUGCGUAUACUUACAUAUGUAUAUUAUUGUGCAUAUAAGCGUUAUCAGGGUGAUAUUAAUAUACAACUGCAAUUUAAUUAAAGCAAAAACUUGUUAUAUUAUAUAAUGCAUAAUAUAUUAUAUUAUACACCUAGACGUUCGAUGUGUAAUUAGCGGUUUACAUAGUUCGACAACAUAUCACGCAAAAGUGCUUUUGGUCCUUCUGACUCUUGUCACUAUUAUUAUUAUAAAAUACAUAUAUUACCAACGAUUACUAUUACAUUAUAUAUAUAUUUAAUCGUUAUACAUAUCAUUAAAAGUUUAUAUAAGAUUCGAAACGCGAUUAUUGACCCUCGUACCAAAUAACAUUCGGCUAGACUCGGAAAUCUGCAAAUUUAUAAAUAGUCGGAAUACUAGUUGGCUCUCGAAAAGUAGUUUGAAUACCAGUGCAAGGCUUAGACGCUUUUUUUUAUGAUUCACAAGCACUGAGUUUAUGACUUGCUCGCAUUUAUUUUUCCUCGGUUUCUCCGUUCGUGUACCGAAUAUCCCGUAUGAAUACACGCUUCUUUUCCAUGUAAGAUAGAAAACCAGAGAGUGAGAGGCUAAGCAAAUCAAAGGUUGUCUAAAAUUGUACGUUAAACACCCUGUGUACGCAUAUAUACAUUAAUUACCUGAUAAAUUAUUGUAAAUGUAUAUUACACUGUUGAAUAUUUUGACUGCGCAACUUUACAAUUUACGACGAUUCAAGAGUAGAAGAACUAAAAAAAAAAAAAAAAAAAAAAAACAAAAACAAAAAAAAAAGAAGCAAAUAAAUUACGACGAUUUGUUAUAAUUAAAAUCUCGUCAAUACUUAUAGAAAUAUAGUGUUAAGAUUGUCGGAGCUGCUGUUUUAAUAACGUGUGAAAUGACGAGGAGCGCAAGGAAUCCAGUCUUAAUUGUUGAGUAAAAAAAAAAAAAAAGAAUCUAGUUGAAAUAAUGAUAAAAAAGAAACCAACCGAAAGAUUUUUGAAAAGUAAUAUUACAUCAAAGCUUAUAUGAGCUAAUACGUGCGUAAAUAUAAUAUAAUAUAUUUGUAUUUAAUUUUAUUAUACAUAAAUAUUGUAUGUAUAAGUAUAAUAUAUACAUAUGUAUAGUUCUUUCGCUGUAUAUCGUGCAUAAUUAUUUCAAUCUUCGAAGUUUUUUUUUUAAUAUAGAUUACAUAGUUCAAGUUUAGCGUAGCUUUAAUUUAUUAAAAAAUUUCAUUCCGUGUGUAAGUGUCUAGUGCGAAUAGCGUCAAUGUUCUUAGUUUCUUGAUAACCGCGGUGAGAAAAAAAAGAGAAAAAAAUGUAAAAAAAAAAAAAAUGAACCAUACCUAUGCACGUAAUAAAAAUGAGGACGACUUCCGUGCAAUAUAUAUAUUAUAUAUAUAUGUACACAUACAUAAUAUCGAUUACAGUAUGUUGCAUAAUGUGUGUUAUGGGCGUGCUACAGAAUUUUACAAUCACGUCGCGUCAGAAGAACGUUACGACAAGAAUAUUCUGGUGAAAUGAUGCGAUAUUAGAUUCCUUAGAUAGAAACCUGAAAACGAUGUAAUAAAUUCAUUUUUAAUCUAUUGCUAUUAUCAAGUAAGAACAUACAUUAUUAGCACAUACAUAUAUACCUAUACGUAUAUUACAUUUUAUCAAGAACAGUGCCUGUACCCCAGACGCUAGAAAGAAUUGUGAAGAAAAAAAAAAAGUGAAAAAAAAAAACAUGAUAAAUAUUAGAUUCCUUCGAAACUUCAAAGAUGUAGUGGAAAAUUA